AUGGGCCAGAAUCCGGGAACAGCAGCGUGGAACGCGACAGAAGCUCCGAAGAAUGUCUUCUGGGCUGCUCAGUUGAUCUUUGCGAAGUAUGAAUGGAUGACCUUGGAUCUUCGAAUCGCGCACGCAUUAAAAGUCAUUCAAGUGAUUUACUACCCUGGUCUGGCUAUCAUUGCUCUUCCCGUGAACCUGGUGACGAUUUUAAUCCUGUCCAGAGGAAAGUGCGGUCUCUCCAGAGUCGUCACUCGCUACCUAGUUGCCAUGGCAGCGGCGGAUCUUAUGGUUGUUGUCCUGGACCUGAUAUUGAGCAAGAUUCCGAAUAUUUACGCGCCAAUUGAACUUCUCACCUGGGCUGCGGACACACCAGUGUGUCAAAUCCACGCCGUCCUGCUUUACGCCGUCACCGAUUGUUCGGUCUGGUUCACCGUCACUUUCACAUUUGACCGGUUUGUGGCCAUUUGUUGCCAGAAGCUGAAAACAAAAUAUUGCACCGGGAGAACUGCGGCUGUGAUGCUGGGGACAGUGACUGCGAUCAGCUGUUUAAGGAACAUUUACUGGUAUUUUCGACUCUCGGGAUAUUAUGCAGCGCUGAUUGCUCCAUUUAUUUGUGUAGAUACCGCAGAUUAUGUGCCUUUAUUUGUCGCAAUGUCAGUUGAUUUAUUGAAUUACCUUCUCACUCCUGUAAUCCCAUUUCUGCUGGUCCUCCUGACGAAUGGAUUAACCAUCCGGUACGUUUUAGUCACCAGCAGAGGGCGCAGGAGACUCCGGCGUGCUGACAAGGGACAGAGUGCCAGAGACCCGGAGAUGGAGAGCCGCAGGAAAUCACUCGUUUUACUGCUGAUCAUCUCUGGCAAUUUCGUCCUGCUGUGGGCACCGUUCACUGUGCAUUCUGCUUGGAACCGACUGUCUGCUUUGUCUGCCGUGACGCUUCCUGCUGAUUCUCUGCGAGGACUGGGCUCGAUGCUGCAGAUUCUGAGCUGCUGCACAAACACGGCUCUUUACGCCGUCACCCAGACCAAGUUCAGGGAGCAACUGAAGGACGCGAUAAAACAUCCCCUGGCUCUCAUUGCUGCAAGGAUGUCAUGAAUUAGUGAUGUUUCCCUGCCUGGCCCAAAUAAUUCACCACCCAUUGCAAACAAUCUCUGCACCAAUGAAGCCAGGCGUUCUCCUUGUUUAUCUCAUUCUUCGCCAGCAUGAUUGCUCGCUCUGGUUCACUGACGAUCAUUUUAAUCUUUUUUUCCUGCAUUCACCAGUUUAUAUCCCCCCUCUCUUCCCCAGUGGAACGACCUACAUUUGUUAGUGUAGACCAGCGCCAUCGUUGUGACCUACAGUUCUGUUCUCCUGUUCCAGCCGCACUGCUCCGCUCCAGCGUGAAACCUCUUCUGUGUUCCCGAAACCUCUCCCGUUUAACAGUGAGUGCGAACGGUCCGGUUCACCCAGCUCGCAGGUCAUACUGGAAAUUAUCUCUUGUCCCGGGUAUCGCUCUGAUAAAUUCUAGCAUUCCAGAAACAUCAUGCAAUCACAAUGUUAAGAGAAGUUUGAAAAAUCGAUGUUAGUGGUGAGGAAAUGCGAAUGCCAAUCCGCAAUGUGGGGUGCAGUUGCUCUCGGUUAUUUUUAGUAUUAACUUGGCCGCAGCGGCAUCCGAGGACAGACAUGUCGAGGGAUUUGCAUUGCAUUUGCAGUCUCUCCCGACAGGGCUAUUGCAGGGCCUGGGUAAAAGAACAGGUGUUGGUACAGAUCUUCCAGCUUUGUCUGUCUUUCCCAGCUACAUUGUUCGUUUUUACGGUACUGUGUGGUGACAAAAUUAACAAUAUUUUUUUAGAGCACGACCGCUAUCAGGUUUUAUCGAACGCGGCUGGUUGAAGAGAGCCGAAACUCUACGGGUUGCCGCCAUCACAGAGGCCGGAUCAGACCGAAACUGUAUCACUGAAUGUGUCUCUCUGAGCAGAGAGGAAGGAGAACUGACCGAGGAACUGUUUUCUGGAAAAGAUCAGGAACGCGCGAGUAAAGCAACAGAGUACAGCAAACACAUAACUACAGGCUCGGGCAGGUCUUCUGCUCUGCUGAUAAAAUAUUGUUGAAAUGAUCCCGAGUACGAUAAUAUGGACUCUUCACCUCCCAGUUUAUUCCGUUGUGAUUUUCCUCCUUUUUUGUAGACUUGUUGUUCAGUGUUUCUGUGGUUGUUACAUUUUAUUCAGAAUUGUAACUGUUUGACCUUUUUCUGUUUAUUCUACUUCACGGCUCUAUAUAAUGAUUUGAACUGUACACAGGACUGGAUUUUCACAGCAUCUCAGUACAUGUGACAAUAUUAAACCGAU